AAAAAGAAGAAGAAGAAGAAGAAACAAACAGGCAUUGUGAAGAUGCUCAACUAUAUGAACUGAGGCGAGUUUAGUCCUUGGAACAUUCUGGAACGUUUGUAAAAGUAAAAAUUGUUCGUUGCACCAAUGAUUUUCGAUAAAACGUCUCCAGAAAGUGUCGUUGUAUUCAUUUCUUACCCUGUAGGAAUGCUAGUCAAAAUGCUAGAUAUUAUCACUAUACUAUAUGUUUGGCUAAUUUUAUUGGCCUUUUCUAGAUGGAGUAUUUGUCGUGAUUGCCUAAAAUGUAGCUUUUUAUAACAUGAUUCCUCACAUCUAUCAACACAAAAGGGUAAUAACUGGAUAUCAAACGAUGUUAUAGCAUAAAAUACCCGAUGUUUUAACUAGCAUAGCGGCGUUAUUAGCAGCGAUUCAAGCAAAACUACGUUUCCCAUGAAGCAACAGCAGAAGGCUCGUUUCUGAUUGGUCGCCGCUCGAGCCACUCGUGUUGCUCAGACGCUGCGCAAACCGGAGCAUCUUCCAAAAUGGCCGCCACAUCCAAGCGCUUGUGCUUCAACCUUCCGCGCGCGGCGUUGUUUCUGAUUCUGGCGCUUUCCCUUCAGCCCGGAGGAGGUCAGAAGAAAAAAGAGAACAUGCUGGUGGAGAAGGUGGAGCAGAUGAUGGAGUGGAGCGCUCGUCGCUCGGUGAUCAGGAUGAACGGAGAAAAGUUUCGGCGAUUCGUUAAAGCGCCGCCGAGGAACUACUCCGUCAUCGUCAUGUUCACGGCACUGCAGCCUCAGAGGCAGUGCUCCGUCUGCAGACAGGCGAAUGAGGAGUAUCAGGUCUUGGCAAACUCGUGGCGUUACUCGUCUGCUUUCUCCAACAGGCUGUUUUUCACUGUGGUCGACUAUGACGAAGGCGCUGAUGUCUUUCAGCAGUUGAAUAUGAACUCCGCUCCGACCUUCAUGCACUUCCCGGCUAAAGGGAAGCCAAAGCGAGCCGACACGUUCGACCUGCAGAGGAUCGGCUUCGCUUCCGAGCAGCUGGCGAAGUGGAUCCACGACCGCACUGACGUGCAGAUCCGUGUGUUCAGGCCGCCGAACUACUCGGGGACGAUCGCUCUGGCCCUGCUGGUGUCUCUGGUUGGAGGUCUUCUCUACCUGCGCAGGAACAACCUGGAGUUCAUCUACAACAAGACGGGCUGGGCCAUGGCCGCUCUGUGUGUGGUGUUUGCGAUGACCUCUGGUCAGAUGUGGAAUCACAUCCGAGGUCCUCCGUACGCCCACAAAAACCCCCAGAACGGCCAAGUGGUGAGUUCCAAACCUCGUUAUUUAUUCCGUACGUCUCCCUCCGCUAAUCCGUCGGACACGCAGCGCAGCUUCGGCACAAACAGAACCUGCUCUUUAUAUUUGUUAAGCCUUUGUUUGUUUGUUUGUUUGUUUGUUUGGCGUUUAUUUAGUGUGAGAACGUUCGGAUCGCGAUCUGGAGCGCUUACAAUCCUGACGCAAGGGCGCUGUAAAACAAUUGAAUUAGGACAUUAGGAGAUAAAACAUAUCCCAAAAAAUCCAGAAUUUAAAAUUCUCUGAGCGAGGAAACUCUGGAUUGAUCAACGGACCUGAGGAACGCUGGAUAGACCUGGGGAACGCUGGAUAGAUCUGGGGAACGUUAGAUAGACCUGAGGAACGCUGGAUAGAUCUGAGGAACGCUGGAUAGAUCUGAGGAACGCUAGAUAGAUCCAAAGGUUGCUGGACAUACUGGACUUGAAGAUCUCCCAGUGUCCAUGAGGACCUUCAGGUGGAUCCGAAUAAAUAACAGAAGGUAUCUGAGGAACUUGCGCUGGAUCCGAAGAUCUCACAGUAGAUCUGAGGAGCUCCAGAUGAAUCUGAAUAAACACUGGAAAACACACAGCGCCGAGAAACUCUGAACGGUUCUGAAGAUCUCACGUUGUAUUUGGGAAUGGAUAUCAGGAUGGAUCUUUGAGAUCUUUGGAUGGAUCUGAGGGCCUGCAGAUGGAUUUGAAUAAACGCAGGGAUGAGUUCUGUCUCUGAAGAUUGUCUCUGAAGAUUGCUGGAUGGACCAAAGGAACAUCUGGAUGAAUCCGAACGAACACCUGAACAAAUCUUAGGAACUCUAGCCGGAUCCGAAGCGCUCGCGAAGGAACUGACGACAUCUCAGGGUGGAUCUGAAGACCUUGAGUUGGAUCCGAGGAACGUCGGAUAGGGAUCUGAAGAUCUCGCGAAGGGAGCUCUAGGGAAUGGUAGACGGAUAUGAGGAACAGCGGGGUCCGUGAGGAACUCCCAGCUUCCAAAUGGGUUUCCAGCAACUCUAGAGAUGGAUCUGAAGGUAUGAAGACCGGUUGCUAGUGCACGUCGGUGCUGUAGCGUUUAUGUGGAGGUGCAGCGUGAAGCCUGCAGCUCUGGAGAACUUUUCGACGACGCCUCUCAUAAAAACAGGACAGAAAAUAAACUUUUAUUUCCAGCAAAACUGCCAGCGCACACAGUCGUGUAAAUAUUGAACAACACUUUAAGUGUUUGUCAGCAGUGUCAAAGUUUAACAGCGUACACACACACACACACACACACACACACACACACACACUCAGAAAUGCAAUAACUCCCGCUCUCAUUUCUUUGUCCUUGUCCCAGAGAGGUUUGUGUGUCAGCG